AUGUCUGGAUACAAGCAUACUGGACCCGUACCCUGUGAUGUCGGAUUCGAUACUGCGAAUCUGAAAGGCAAGACUGCCGUCGUAACAGGUGGUGCCAAUGGUAUCGGAGAGGCAUACGUCCGCGCCCUUGUGAAAGCCGGUGUGACAGUAUGCUUCGGAGAUUUGGACGUGGAAGGAGGAACCAAACUCGAGAAUGAGUUGACGGGCAUAAAAUUCGUCAAAUGCGACAUCACGAGUUGGGAAGACCAAGUCAAUCUCUUCGACGUGGCAAAGACCUUCUCCCCAACCAACAAGAUCCAUUACAUUGUCGCAAAUGCCGGUAUAGCCGUGGAGGACGAAGUCUUCCAAUACAACGAAAACGGGCCUCAAAAACCGAAUCUCAAGAUCAUUGACGUGAACUUGAACGGUGCACUCUACACGACCAAACUAUCACUUCACCAUUUUGUUAGCCAGAAUGGGCAGACAGUCUCAGAACAGCAAGAAGAUACCUGUCUGAUCCUGAUAGGCUCAGGUGCUGCAUUCUUAGACGUACCACGCGGACCUCAGUACCCAGCUUCCAAAUGGGCGAUGAGAGGAAUCAUGCAUUCGCUGCGACGAACCACGCACUUCUACGGAAGUCGUGUCAACGUAAUCUCGCCAUGGUACGUCAAGACCAAAAUUUUGUCUAAAGAGGUCUUCGAGCAAAUCAAGUCCAAAGGUGUAGAGUUCGCCACUGUGGAGGACGCUGGACAGUGUCUACUCAGGAUUCUGAGUGACCGUAGUGUCAAUGGGCAUUCGUUCUUCUUAUCCGCAAGAAGAUGGGCUAGCAGUGGAUUUGUCGACCUUGAUCUCGAGGAUUACGAGAAUGAGACGCUGAAGGAGAUUCAGCGAGAUCAACUCAAGGGCGGGCCCCCUGAUGAUGGACUAUUUGUCUAG